CCCCGGCGCAGGGGGACCUGCAUUAAACGCUGCUUUGUUUCACUGUGCUUCAGUCUGACCAAGUCCUUGGGUGGAAAAAAGUUCUGCCUUGGGGGGGAAAAAAAGUCUCGGGCUUGAAAGAGAAAGCGUGUGCAUGCGAGUGCCUGCAUACGUGCCACGGCUCAUGGUUUCAGCUGCUCGCAGCGAGGGGCUGCCUGUGACUCUGUGUUUCCUUCUUUCCAUUUCUUCCCCAUUUCUCAGCUGCUUUUGAUUUUGCUUCACUUCUUGUCCCUUUUCUGGCUCCUUUCCCUUUUUCUGAUGUGAAAAGCAGCGGGGGCUUGUCGUGGCCCUUCCACGCUGCCGGGCUACCUGUUCCCUGGUCAGACCCCCAGGCGUCAGGGACAGGGAAUAAUAUAUUCCCAAGCCGUCUCUGAAAGACCCUUGCAUCUGAAUGGUUAAAAGUGAAGGAAUGGGCAGCUCUGGAUUAGCGGUAACCUCCCUCGGCCGGGUCCUGUGCGCUCGCUGCCCUAAUGGCACUGAUUUCACUGGGGAGAGUCUUCAUUCCCGCCAACCGAAGCGGGACCAGGAUCAAGUCUUUGGUCUCUUGGGGCAUUUGCCAGGGCUGUUGUGACGUGCAGGCAUUAACAUCCAGUGAGACGUGUCGGAGUGGUGGUGCGUCUUAUCUUCACAGCAAGGAGAGGGGGAGGAUGGAAGAACUGAAUGGCUCCGACACCACCGUGGGCAUCCCCAAACACAUCCUGGACAUCUGGGCCAUCGUCCUGAUCAUCCUGGCCACCAUCAUCAUCAUGAUGUCCCUGGUCCUGUGCCCGGCCACAGCUGUCAUCAUCUACAGGGUGCGGACUCACCCGAUACGCAACGGGGCGGUGUGAGAGCAGAGCCCCGGGCAGGGGCAGCCUCCCUUGGGCCAUGCUGGAUAGGUCCAUGGAGGAAGGGAGAUGGUUCACCAGGCUGACUCCAACAUGAGGGAGCGCCAGGGAGCGAUGGGGACCAGAGGAACAGCCAAGCCAUGCCAGGGACACACAGGGCUGUGCUCAUGGGACCAGAAGUAUGUUAGUCACCACAAUGCAGCCUAGAGAGCGUGUCCGUCACGUGUAACGCCCGGGCACGGAGCUGUUUGUGGAGCCUGCAAGGGGGAGGCAUCCAUAAAGCAUCUCCCUUCACAUGGCGCAGAGCAUUCGUGUUCGGUCUUUGUCUCACGCACUCCUCUCAUAACGGCUGCUUGGCAUUUGCCCAGCAAGCUCAUCAGAGCCGACAGAGAGCUGUGAAGCCCAGAGCCCGAAGGGAAAUGCUUGACUUCCAGGAACAGAGCUGUACAAAUGGGUUCCAGACGGGCUCGCUUUGAAUGCGAGACUGGCUCCACGAAUCUGCUCCGUGGCACUCUCCUUCGCUGUGAGGCCUGGCUCCUCGUGGCUGGGGGAUCCCAUCUGCAUACCUCAAAUUUCCCCAGACCAAAGUAGGCCAAGCCUGGAAAGCAAGCAAGAGGGGAAAUGGGGUUUGGCCAAAGGGAUGCAUUCAGAGGAGUCGUGCUUGCUGGGUCUGCUGUAAGGAAGGUCUCAAGCAGGGAGGCUUUUUCUUCCAAUUCUGCAAAGCUCUGAGGCUGUAUUAGCACCAUUAGCCCAGGACACAUGUGUUGCCCAGCUGUGCUGCAGAAAUGUAGCUGGCAUCAGGCUUGUUUUACGACAGAAAUAUCUUGUCCUUGUAAAGGAAAUGUGCUGGAGUGUUUGGUUUCAGCUGAUGGAUCUCGACAGCUCUUUGGCAGGAGGCUCUUGUGACAAAGCCUCUUCUCCUGGCAGCUCCUAAUCCCUCCCUUAUGGGCCUUGUUAUGCUGCCCUAAUGUAUUUUUUAAAGGCAAGGGAGAGGUUGGCAUCUCUGUGAAAGGACGGGUCAGUGCAUGGGGAGCUGCACAGAGCAUGGAUCUGUUUGUUAACCCAAAGCACCUUCCCCCAGUCCAAGAGGGACCUUGCCUCUAUAGGACUGGGAAUCCUGCUCAGUCCGCUCAGACCAUUCAUCCUCUGACCCCUCUGCAGAGAUGGCCACUAAAUUGUGAUGGCAUUUUGAUGGACCCCGGGGAGCUGGGAACAAACAGGACUGCCCACACGUGGGCUCCCCCCAUCAUGGGAGGAUGAAAACUUCGAGUCUCCAUCAGCCCAUCCUGGCUUCAGAUCUGGUAUCUGUUGGUCAAAGACCAUGUAUACCAUGAACAGGCUAAGCCAGACAGGCCCCCACUAGUUGCUUCUGCUGCCAGCUGCCGCAGGACAGUGAGGACAUAGUUAAGAGGAUAUUGCAAGUGGAGUAAGAGGAGGCUGGGAUGAGGGAUACCCAGGAGGUGGGGGGUCUCUCGAUACUUAGUGGUGGGUCUGGACUUAAACCCACUGGAUACAGGCUGCUGAUGCAAAGCUAGGACUCAUCUUCUUCUAACCUCCCCUCUAAUGGGUCCUGAGACCUGUCAAAGCCUUUCUGAACCAGGCAGGCAAGAAUGAGAGAGCUGAAGGGUGCAUGGAUUAGCACUGCAACGUGCUCCCCUUUCUCCUGUGUGGGGACCUGGCUACAUCCCCUUUCCAGCACAGCUGUAAUGGGUUUGGUGCUGUCAGCCUAGUGAUCAGCGGGUAUUUAACACAGCAGAAAACCUGGGAUUCGGACGCUACCAUCUGCAUCUGCUGCUGUGGAAAGGCCAAGAGCACUGGGUUGAGUCUGGGUGCUAUGGCAGAGCUGUGGGAGCAUGGCAGGGCUCAGCCAAGCUCUGCUGUGGUCCUUGGGGUUGGGUGCUGGGCCUAGUAAAGCAGCAUUUAGGAAGCUUGUACAGACAUCGCCCAAGCUGUGCUUUGGAGUCACUGGCAUUAGCCUUGCACUGAAACCCUUGAUAUAAAUGUCUCAAGGCUGCACCUUGGGACAGACAGGAAAGACACAAUUCAUGAAAAAGGGAAAAGCAGCCUGUAGGCAAUGCAUGUAGGGAAUAUGCAGUGCGAAUACACGUAUAGCGUAGGCGGCAACAGACUCUGUGAGUAAGCUGUGUUUUUGGACCAAGCUGCAGUCAAUAAACUCAAAUUUAU